AUGCAGGAUGAUCAACAGGCAGUAACAGGCAGUGACAUGCACCACCAAUCUUGGAUCAGCCUUUUCCAUGACCAUGCACAGAUCAUGGAUAGUGAUGUUUUUCCUGGAUCCUAUGAGAAGGAAAGGGUAACUCUUCAACCUAGCAUAGACUAUCUGGUGUCAACUCCAUUAUUAGAUGCCUUAGGUAACAUGGUGGCUGGCCACCUCAAGAACAAGUACAAUCAUUAUGUCACUAUACGAGAGUUAGACGAACUUACCAAAUAUUGUGCCGACAAAAAUGUCUAUGGUAGACCAGAAGAGGUCAAGCUUCCUGCACCUGGUGUCCCCAUAUUCCAGAUGAUCACAUCUCCCUGUGUUGGCAUAACCUGUACUAUAUCAACAGACUGCUACUAUGCUGUCUGCGACCUGGAUACCAUAAAAUGA